UUAAACUCAAUGUUGAAAGAUUGGUGGGUGUGUUCUUCAAAAAAGAAUUGGUGAGUGACCAAAAAGAGAGAGAGAAAGAGUGAGAAAAAAACCAAACUUUCUCUCACUACCUAACCGUUGAGGCCUCAGAGAGACGCCUAUUCAUAUAUACAAAGAGAGACACACAGAGAGUUACAAAGACAGAGAAGAAGAAAAUGUCAACAGCUUCAUUGUGUUCAUCAGUCCAAUCCCAGAUCAAUGGGUUUGGUGGGGGUCUUAAGCUUCAAAAACAGUCUCUUUCUCAACCCAGCUCACUCACCUUCACAAGGAGAAGAUUUAGUACUGUGGUGAAGGCUUCAGCUCGGGUUGAUAAGUUUUCGAAAAGUGAUAUCAUAGUUUCUCCAUCUAUUCUCUCGGCUAACUUUUCAAAGUUAGGAGAGCAGGUAAAAGCAGUUGAGUUGGCUGGUUGUGAUUGGAUUCAUGUUGAUGUCAUGGAUGGUCGUUUUGUUCCAAACAUUACAAUUGGACCUCUUGUGGUUGAUGCCUUGCGUCCUGUGACAGAUCUUCCUUUGGAUGUACAUUUGAUGAUUGUGGAACCCGAACAGCGAGUGCCAGAUUUUAUCAAGGCAGGAGCCGACAUAGUCAGUGUUCAUUGUGAGCAAGCUUCCACCAUCCAUUUGCAUCGCACAGUUAAUCAGAUAAAAAGUUUGGGAGCCAAAGCCGGAGUUGUCCUAAACCCGGGCACUCCACUAACUGCAAUAGAAUAUGUCCUUGAUGUGGUUGAUCUGGUCUUGAUCAUGUCUGUAAACCCUGGGUUUGGUGGGCAGAGCUUUAUUGAGAGCCAAGUGAAGAAAAUCUCAGACUUGAGAAGAAUAUGCGCAGAGAAGGGAGUGAACCCAUGGAUUGAAGUGGAUGGUGGAGUUGGUCCCAAAAAUGCAUAUAAGGUUAUAGAGGCGGGAGCUAAUGCUCUAGUUGCUGGUUCUGCUGUCUUUGGAGCCAAAGAUUAUGCUGAAGCUAUAAGAGGAAUCAAAGCCAGCAAAAAGCCUGUAGCUGUUGCAGUGUGAAAUGACCUCAAGAAGAUCAUAUUUAAUGCAACUUGCGAUACUGUAUUCUUUAUUUCCAUACAAUACGCACAAAUCAAUAAGCAGCGUACUGCUAGCUUCAAGUUGUCAGAUGUGCUAUAAUUUCCUGCAAAUUCUCUUUUCAUCGGCGAUAAAGUUCUAAGAAAUCCAAUAUGCAGUGGGAGUACCACUAUGGGGCAUUUUAUGUAUACCAUAUCCUUUACAAGGAUUAAUAAUUCAAACUUACGCAAAACCCUUUGCUCUGUAACAAAUCAUUAGUUCUAUUAACUUCCUUUUCUGUAA